UGUCUUCCUUGGCCCAAGUGCAGUCCCAGGGGGCCUGGCCGGGCCGCCCCCACGCACUCUCGGCCCCCAUUGGCCACCUGGGCCUGCAUGGGCCGGCCAGAGGAGGGAUAAAAAGCGCCCCUGCCACCGCGGCUGCCAGGGACACUGCAGCCAGGAGGUGACCAGAGGAGCAACCGAAGUCUGACGAUGUCCGAGCUGGAGAAGGCCGUGGUGGCCCUCAUCGGCGUUUUCCAUCAGUACUCCGGGAGGGAGGGCGACAAGCACAAGCUGAAGAAGUCCGAGCUCAAGGAGCUGCUCAGCAACGAGCUCCCCCACUUCCUCGAGGAAAUCAGGGAGCAGGAGGCUGUGGACAAAGUCAUGGAAGCUCUGGACCUUGAUGGGGACGGCGAAUGUGACUUCCGGGAAUUCAUGGCCUUCGUUGCCAUGGUCACCACUGCCUGCCAUGAGUUCUUUGAGCAGGAGUGAACCAGGGAGAACGGCCAAGCUGGCCCUGUCGCAGAGAUGAAGGUCACACAGGAAGCGCAGAGCGGGGGCUUGCAGGCCAGUAGGCGCUGCACUUCCCGCUGUGCCGUAGCUAACUAGGGAGCUUACUGCUUUGUGAAGGGCACACUGGAACCCUCUUUCCAAGGGCUGCUUUUAGGGGCCCCAUCCUCACUUCUGCUGUGCUAGGCAUUUGUGCGACCGCCCAGUCCCGGGAAAUCAAUAAUUGUCACUUAGGAAAGUCAACUGUCAGCCACAAAGCCUGUGCCACCCCGGCUGCCGCGGCUACGUAGAACUCUAACCCCCAACAGCACCCCUGACUGCUGACCAGGACUCCGGCAGCCGCGGUUUAGUCACCGCCACAUCUAAAACUGCGCAGCUCUGCCCGCCUCCCUCUGAAAAGGCGCCCAUCACCGGCGCACAGGACACCUGACGCUGCCGGUGUCCGGCCGAGCCGUCGGCCGGCCCACAGAGCACGGCCACCUGUAGGUCCCUUUUCCGAGGGGAGGCUGCGAUUACUGAGUAAAUGUUUAACGCCAGCAGUUCUAAAGGGGAAAAUGUGUCUCAGAAAGCAACACGCGCUGACAUUUCAGCUCUCGUCAGGACGGAGAGUCAGCCCACAUUCAGCGGCUCCGUCCUGAGGGCUCGUGCUUGCGGGGUCUGCGGGACGCCUGCUGGCAGGGGUGCCUGGGCUCAGGGCCAGGGGGCCGGCUUGGCCCCCGCCUCUGGGAGACCCUUGUACUGCAAGGCUCUUUCUCCUCGGCCUCCUUGCCGGUCACCGCUGAGCGACCGGCUUGUCUGCGCCGAGGCGGGUCUCUCCUCACUGUGGGCAAAGUUACGCUUCCGUGUCCACGAAUUCAAGUAAAUCAUUUCACCUAAUCAAGUUACAAAUAUUAAAAACCACUUCUAGAAAAAUCCGAGUCAAUCUCAUCCCCCCCUUUCCUGUUUUAUUCAAGGACACAGAUCCUUUGGAAAUUCAUAAAUCAAUUGGUGGCUUCUGCUUGCAUUAAAUAAAAGCACUGCGACAUCUCGUAGCCAUUGAAUGUGGAGUGAGAGCGAGUGCCCGCCGGGGUCUGGGGGCUGCCUCUGCUGCCACACGGUCGGUGGCACCUGCUGGUCCCUUGGUGCUGGCCGCAGACCCAGUAGAGAAGGGUGCUGGGUGGUGGCUGCCGUUUCGGGAGCCCUUGGGGGCACUGCCUACGUGGCUGGUCUGGGCAAGCUCCCACCCUAGGAGACCCCAGCACGGCGGCCCUCCAGAUGGCCCCACGGGACAGAUGCAGCAGCACCAACGGCCCAGGGGAAACGCGAAUCCCGCAGGCAGGGUGCCCCGAGCUGGUCCCCGGGGAGACGCUGCCAGCGGGGCGAACGGACUCGGCCAGCAGAGGGGCGGGGCCCCCAGGAGCUGGGAGGGCUGAGGCGAGGGGCUCAGGAACCGGCUAGUCCCCAGGCCUGGGGAGAGGGGUGCCCCAGGGGUUUCCAGUGGGAGGGGCGGUGGGGGUGGGGUGUCCCUGGAGAGGCGGGGCCAGCCUGGGCUCUGUGCAGGCCCCCGGGGCCCCAUCCGAGGCUUCAGGCGGGUCAGCCUGGGAACCGCCGGCCAUGCCCAGUGGCCACGCGCCGCUGUCCUGCCAUCUGGUGUCCGGCGCUUUCACGGGGGCCAGGCCCUGGGCUGCGGUGGGGACACAGGAGGAGCAGCAGGCUGGGCAGGCCCAGGGGGUGGGCCACGUCUGUGCGGCUCCUGCUCCAGCCAAGGGCCGCACAGCCCUGCGCAGGGGGUCCCGGUAACAGGGAGGUGGGUGUGGGUGGGCUCUGGGCUGUGGUGAGAGAGGUCUCCCUUCACCAGAGGGCAGCCAAGGGCUACAGCCAGGUGGCGCCAGGGCCUCCCUUGCCCCCACGGAUCCAAGAAUCCCAAGGGUACUCAGCCCUCCGAUGUCCAGCCUGCUUCUAAACCACAGGGAAGGGCAGGUGUCCCAGCCCUUUGGGGUGCCUGCCUUCUGUCCCUACGCCCAGGGAUGCACCUUCACCCGGGGUGGCGGGGCACUGCUCCC